CUGAAAAUUACCUUUUCUGUUGAAACUACAUACUUCCGUUCCGAUCGCUUCCAUGCAGUGUCCAUUUAAUCACCUUAGAUUAUCACAUUUGCCACAUUUAUAGUUGUUAGCACAUCAUGAUCAGCUCGUUGAUCUCACUUGCAUUUUUUGUGUUGUGUUGUCUUGCAGGUUCUCGUAUCAUGACGCCCAAUGGAGAGUCUACAAAUUAUAUACCACAACCACAACCAAGCUCCGUUCCAUUCACGACACUGAUAAACGAAAGUAUGAUGUUGACGCAGUCAACAUUGAACCCUCCAGUAAUGACAGUUGCACCUCCUGUAUCCACGGGUACGGUACCUCCUGCAGAUAUUGCCUCAGUACCACCCAUUCAAGUAGUUUACCCACCUAUAGUUUUCACAGUGAACGAAUCAUUCAUGUUGAAUGGUACCUCAUCAGCAUCAAACCCUCCAAUGGCGCCAGGUUCCCCAUCAUUUUCGCCUCCCAUAACAACUGGUACGAUAAUUUCUAACUCACCUAUAGUUCCCAUUAUAAAUGAAUCACUGAUGUUGAGUAGCUCAACUGUGGGAGUUAAUACAGUUUCAGGAAGUAAUAGCGCAGAUUUAUUGAAACCGACACCACUUACUAUAGAUACUGCUUCUAUGUUAACCAGUACAUUGACUCCACCAAGUAUAUCUACAGUAACAUCUCCACCAAUAGAUAUAACAACUUUUCUGGUUUCUAUCAAUCAAUCAUUAAUGAUCCAACCUUCUUCUUCGAGUACUUCUUCACCUUCUGCAGUAUCUCUUUCUCCUCCUACUACCGCUUUUGUAGUUACUCCAGGAUCAGCUCCAACCACUGGUUCAGUAACAACUGGUAUUUCAACCACUGCUUCUUCCGCCACCACACAAUCUAGUACCUCUCCAAUUGACUCUGUCGUUCCACUUUCAGCAUCUUCUGUAGAUACCGCAUCUUCUUCAGAGGUAGAACUUAACAUGGGUGUGGAGAAAACGGCUGAACAAACAAUAACUUCGUGUUCGCGUUACAAAAAUUUGCAGAUGGUAUGCUCAGAUUCUACCACUGAUGAGAAAAUUGAAACCAACGCAAUUAUUUUAGAUACGAAUGAAAUUUUGAAUACCAGUCUUGCUGCUCCAGUAUUUGAAAUUGCAGUCCCCUCUGAAAUUAAAAUUUUUGUAAAUAUCACAUCUAACCCAACUUUUAACAUUCACAUUUCUACUGAUCCUCCUGUUACCGAAGUCACUGAAGAUACUGUUAUUAUCGAGGUGAUAAGAGAAAACGAACAUUUCAAUAUAUCAAAUGUUCCAUCUCUUCCUGUAAACAUUUCUUCCGAACCUCCUGUGACUGAAGUCACCGAAGAAGCAGUUGAAAUUAUUGAUGGGAACGAAAACAUAAGCAUGUCUCCACAAUCUCAAGACAUAAUUUUUGAGGAUUCCAUUGAAAAUACUGUUUCAGAAGUCCCUAUUUAUAUUGAUUUGUCAGAUCCGAACAGAGUAGAUGUCGAUUUUGGUAUGACAACGUCAUCAUCAUCGCCUCUGACAACAGUUUCAACCACUACCAGUACUCCAGCAACCAUACCAACUCCUGUACCCAAAAGGAAGUUUGAGGAGAAGUGUUUGGAGUAUUACAAUAUUGGCAAAAGAACAACUAGAAAAACUAAAGUUCAAGUUUUCAUUAUUGGUGGUGAAAAUUCGAGAGAGAAAGAAUUUCCUCAUAUGGCGGCUUUGGGCUAUGGAAAACAAAACCAACAACAGUGGUUAUGCGGGGGAAGCCUGAUCAGUGAAAAUUACGUGUUGACAGCUGCCCAUUGUUUAACAGCAAAAUCUCUAGGUGACAUUCAAUACGUCAGACUUGGAACUACUACUCUCCAAACGGAAACUUUGAAUUCCGAAGAUUUCAACGUAAUCAGGAGGAUUCCUCAUCCGGGUUAUGUCCAAGGAAAACAGUACAACGAUAUCGCAUUGCUUCAGUUGGACCGACCUGUUGAUUUCUCAGAUUAUAUUGCACCAAUAUGUUUGUCAGACUUUAAGGAUUUUGUCAACACGAAGUUGAUAGCUACGGGAUGGGGAAAAGUUGAAGCAGAUGGUAUCGGCAGUCCAGAGUUGCAGAAAGUUGAGCUAGAAUAUUAUCCUAAUGAUGUUUGUCAAGUGGCUUACGACAGUAUUUCCUUGGAAGACUUGCCGAAUGGAAUAUCAGAAGAAACACAGAUUUGUGCAGGAGCCUUCGACGGGUCAAGAGACACUUGCCAG